CUAGCUAAUUAAGCAGAUACUGAAAAAUGGCCGAGAGUACAGAGCUAGAGCUGAGCAAUCUACAACACAAGAGCACUGGUUGGGAUAAUCAAGGCUUUGAAGAUCUACAGAGUGAAGAGGUUGAGCUAGCAAAGAGAGAUGCUACUACUGCUGAUAGUACUGGGUUAGGACGGCUCCUCUUUAGGGGAGUGACUGGAGCUGUUGAUGCUGUGGCUUCUCUUGGUGCGUUUGGACAGAAGAAUGGACCAAAAGGCGCUACAAAAAUUAAAGAACCUCAAUCACACAGGCAAACAACCGCGGAAAAGCGAACCGGACCUCAACUACACGGAGAAACUGACCUUUUGGAUGUUGCCUUUCAGCAUUCAGCAGAGCUAUUACAGAAGAACGCUGAACUCACAAAGCAUUUGUCAAAUUAUGAAACAAAGAAGAAGCAAGAAAUUAAUGAUCUCACAGCACAUUUGAAAGAGUUGAAACGUGCUGUGACAGUAUUGAACAGAGAUUGUGAGAAAAAAGACAAAAAGAUUGCAGAGAUGAAAACGUUGGUUCAAAAACUCUCUGACAAGAAGCGAGAUGGGUCAUCAGAACUUGCAAGGGCUCUCCAUGAAAAAGAUACCCAAAUUGAAGCGUUAGCACAAUUACUUCAAACAGAAAAAGUCAAACUCAGGGUUACUUGUACCGAGGUAAAAGAAAAGCAAAAGGAAUCUGAAGAGUACAAGAAACAAACUCAAGAACUUUCCAACGAACUAAAGAAAUAUAAUCGUGUGGAUAUUACCUUUGAUAAAGACAUUAUUAGCGAUUCGGGUGCUACUCACGACACAAUCCAUACACCCCAAGAUAAAGAGGUGCAAGAAUUAAAUGAAGCAAUACAGUCAGAGCCAACAGAAUCACCUGGUGAAUCAGUUGCAUUGGAGAAAGUAGACCAGUUACAAGAAGCACUUCGAGAGAAAGAAAUGCAAUUAGCCAAUCCAGAAAAUCAACUGAAAGAGUAUGAAGCUAAAGUGCUUGAAAUGGAGCAGGUCAGAGAUCACUCAAAGAGUCAGAGCAAGGCUCUGCUGGUAGUGAAACAAGAGCUGGAUGCAACCAAGAUGUCACCUGAUGAUCUUGUGCAAUACAUUGGCUCCAUGGAACGUCAGGUGGCUGAUACAAAGACCCACUGUCGUAAACUCGAGGCUCAACUCAAUGGUGCCAGAGAAGAUUACGACAUUGCACAGCAAGCAUUGAGGGACACUAGGGAAGGUUUAGAGGCUGAGCUUGAAAGUGUUAGAGAGACCCACUCUAAGUUGUCGACCACCAACAGUUCACUGGAGGCUCAACUAUUUCAGGCCCAAGAAAAGAUAGACAAUUUAUCUGUCGAGAAAGAAGCAUUCGUACAGGAGCGAGCAGUUCUGAAACAAGAGAUUUUUGACCUUCAUGACAAGCUGGCAAUCGCCACAGCAGAGGCUGAGCUGUACAAAGAAGACUUUGAGAGUGAGCGGAAAGAUAGGGAAAAAGCUCACGAUCUUAGAGAAGAGAUGAGAUGUAUUUGUGAUGAAAAGGUUCACGCAAUGGCAAAGGAACGACAUGCGUUUGAGGAAUGUAUACAAAAUCUGACAAGAGAACUUCAAGGGCUGUCUAAUGAAAAAGAGGGCUUACUAGAAAUAAGAGCAUUUACUAGGCAGCACAAGCCUCAACAGAACGACAAACAGAUCCAUGAGCUUCAAGAGCAGCUCUACGUAGCACAUCAGAAGGCCAUCACAGCUCAAGAGGAAGUCCAGGCAAAGACAGCUCAGGUCAAACAGUACAAGAAGAAAGAUGACCAACGGGAGGAAAAGCUCAUCAGUCUGGAUGUGAGGAACCAGGAACUGGUUCAGGAGAUGGAGAGGGUCAGGAGUGAGCUGAUAAAGGCGAAAACUGAGAGCGCAAAUUUACUAAAGGAGGAGAAAAAAUUGAAUCAAAACGAAAUGAAGAAAAUUUGCCUGGAGCUGGAAAGAGCUCUCAAAAAGACGUCAAAAUCUAAGGCCCAUGAUGAACUGCUGAAGGUGGAACUGGUCAAUAAUUCACUUCGUGUUGACAAAGAAAGAUUAAGCGGAUCUCUUCAAGAAGUACAGGAACAGUUUGCUCGUCUGAAGCUUGAGUUAAAGAAGGAGGUUACUAAUACCAUACCCACCACUCCUCCUACGUAUACCGAAUCUACAAUACCAAUUCAACCCAACCAGUUUUGUUUACAGGUCUCUGUCAAACACGAUACUCCUCAAGCAAGGAGCUCACACCCCACCGCUAUACCAAGACCCGAUCCGAACAACGAGCACAGUAUAGCUCAGCAACCACCAACCAUGCCUAACGUGAACAUUGUUCCUCAAGCAACGCAGGACAACUAUAACCCACAACCCGAGGCUAGACUUGUACCCAACUCGCCAACUGAAGGUCGCUCGUCUAUGAACUUUGACGACCCUAGGCCAGCUUAUGAUAGGGUAGAGGUAAAUGGUUUUCGAAAUGCUGCCGGGCAAAACGAACGGCAAUCGUCUACUGGACCACAACCCGAUAAUAGCAUCCGCUAUCCUCCGGGCUUGCAAGUAAAGCAAAGUCAUAGUAGUGCCCCUAGCAGCACCAAUUUAGCGCUAUCGGAACAAGCGGCUAGCCCCACUGAUGCCUUAAAUAGAAUGUCACUGGUUUUGGGCGAUCAACAGUUGGAGAGACCCUCCAAUAUUCCUUCCGACUUCAGUCAAAGUCAGUACCCUGCUAACACUCACCAAGGAGGUGGCUAUCAAGAUCCAGUUAGCAACUAUCAGGGUCAAAGUGGCUUUGAUAACUUGCCACAAGAUCAGUAUCAGAAUCAGCCACGGCGAGAAUCACCCAGUAUGCACCGGCACCCCUCUCAAUGGCCUAACCAUGACCAGUUUCACCAGAUGGAGGUUACUAAUACCACCACUCAACCUCCCAUACCCAUCCAGAAUGUAGGCCACUCUGAUGGAAUUAUUUACGCCAACAUGGAGACAUCUGCACAAGUUUGUGAGGCCCUUGAAGGAGGUGUAGCAGACUGUCAUUCGUUGAUUAAAAGAUUACAAGAUGGAUUGGCUUCAUUUCAAACUAAUCGCGAGGUCUUCAUGAAGGUGACUGGGGAGCGGGACCGUCUCUCAAUUGAAACAGCUGGUCAGAGGGAAAUCAUUGCUACCAUCCAGCAUGAGUUGAAGAUCAAAGAAAAGAAGAGUACAAGUUUGGCUGAGGAAACUGAGAGGGUUAGGGUUGAUCUCCAACUAGCCUUAAACAAAUGUACAAAGUUACUGACGUCUCUUAAGCAGUGCCGAGAAGAAUCAGAGCAGAGCAUAGCUGAAGUGAGAGGUCGUUGUGAGCAAGAAACCGAUAGAAGGAUUAAACAAGAGAGACAGGCUCGUAGGGUUUUUAAGCAACUGGACAGACGUGUGAAGGAGCCAGUCGUACUCUCACCAUCAAAGGGUAGGAAACGUGACGAGUCCCUACGAACUUACAGGCAGGAGGUUAAAGCGUUCACUGUGAAUUUAGAGACACCUAUCCAGUAUUCCGAUCGAAACCGGAUCGGGAGUGGAAGUUUUGGAUCUGUGUAUGCAGUCAACUUGAAUGGGGCUCCAUGCAUCGCUAAGCGUCUACACGACAUACUUAUGGGGCGUGGCAAACAAGAAAAAGUUGCACUGGACGAAAAGCAAGUAUGCCAUGAAAAGUUUUGUCGUGAGUGUGUUUUAAUGAGCCAAGCAGAACACCCCAAUGUUGUCAAAUUCCUUGGAGUAUAUUUUGGUAAAGAUGAGUUUGAUCUGACACUGUUUAUGGAACGGCUUCACACUGACCUUGAGGCGUACCUCAGCAGUACCCCAAACGUACCUCUUCCCACUAAGAUAUCGAUUCUUCAUGAUGUCUCCUGUGGACUACUCUAUCUCCACGAGGAGUGCUCUAUCAUCCAUCGCGAUCUCACAGCUGCUAACAUUCUCCUAACAGCCGACAACCAAGCCAAGAUAGCCGACCUUGGUGUGUCAAGAAUUUUCGAUAGAACUUUUUUACAACUCUCAAAGAUUCCAGGCACUCUUGCAUACAUGCCUCCUGAAGCUCUCAAAAAUAUUGCCAAUUACGACGAAAGCCUUGACGUCUUUUCGUUUGGCGUUCUCACUCUUUGUGUUAGGAUCCAAAUGUCACCUGACCUCUCCUGGGAUCAUGUGCCCGAUGAUGUCCAUGCCAAGGGGGAGCAAGAAAUCUUCAAGAGAACAUUUUGGAUUGAGAUAAUGGAACAAAAACAACCUGAACUAAUCUCGCUUGUCCUGUGGUGUUUGUCUGAUGACCCUAAAAGCCGACCCAGCACUUAUUGUAUGAAUGUUACCCUUCAAGAAAUGAAACACGACCUUUAGCAAAAUAGUAUUGAACUCAGGACUUUGAUAUAACUUGUUUCUAUACAAUCAUGUAUUAUUUUAUUCAGGCACGUAUUUUGUUCCUAUAUAAUUAGCUAUAUGUUUAGCGUUUCAGCAUAAUAAGAAAUGAACAUAAUAAUUAUUAAUUGUAAA